CAACCAGCAAAACCAACCAAACCAAAAACAUGCCAAACCCAUCAGCACCAAAACUAAACGACUUACUACACUGGGCCGUAGAAAACACAACCACCAAUCCAAACCCCACAAGCCCAGAACCGACCUCAAUAACCGCACAUCCCAACGACCCACAAGGACCAUUUGAAAUAAACUUUCGACCAAACUUAGAAACCAAUUCAAAUACAUCAGUAGUAUUAAAACAAGAACCUAUAAAAAAAUUAGAUACAUCUAUCUUAGAUACUAUUUUAGGUAGAACAGAUGCCAUUCGGAUUAAAGAAUUAAUUAAUGUUUUUGAAAAUCUUGAAGUUCAGAUUGAGGAAAGAAUUCAGGCGGGUGAAGGGUUAGAAGAACUUGUUCAAGAUUUAGAUAAUGCUAAUGAUUUGGAAGUUUUAGGUGUUUGGCCUAAAUUAAUUAAACUUUUAGAAGAACCUAAUGAUCAAAUCCAAUUUUAUACAUGUUGGAUCAUCGGUACCUCAGUCCAAAACAAUCCAAAAUCUCAAUUAGCCUUUUUAAAAUAUGAUCCGAUUCCAUUAAUUUUAAACGUUUUAAAUCAAUCAAAUGAUGAAGAAACCAAAGCUAAAUCAUUAUAUUGUUUAAGUUCAACUUUAAAACAUGCUCCUUCUUCUACCCAUGCAUUAAGUUCGUUUAUCAAUUCAUCAGGAUUAGAAAGUUUAAAUACAAUCUUAAAAGGUCCUUCAAUGAAUCUUCGAAGAAAAACGGUGUUUUUGAUUAACUCUUUGGCUAUGCAAUCCGAUUCGAUUUUAAAUUCAUUAAGGUCUCAUCAUCUUUUCAAAACUUUAAUCAGUUCAGUUUCACCUACACUUGGAAUUCCUACUGGUUUAAAUGGUGAAGGAUUAUCACAAGAUGAAGAUUAG